AGAAAAUUGAGGAUGGGACUUGAGAAGCUAGCUUGCAAGUUAUGAUUAAACAGGAAAAAUUACCAGAGAAGCUUGAAACAGUUGGUGCAUUUCAAAAGCUGCCCAUGGUGAUGCAAUCUUUUGAUAUUCUUUACUCAGCAAUAAAGAAGGCCAAGAGAGUUUCUCCAACUAAGGGCGUUGCCAACAUUGCAAAGCGAGAGAGAAAUAGCGGUGCAAAGCAGCUUGAUGCGCUGAUGAAAGAAUUGGCAGCUCCUUUGAGGACUUACAUGGAGAGUUUUCCAAAGAGACAUACUAUUCAUCCAUAUGAGCGAUCUCUUAUUGAAUUGACUCUUGGAGAUGGAAAUUAUCAUUAUAUUAUAUCAAGAAUUAUUGUUAUAAGGUGUUUAUGUGCUGAGACGAACUUCAAAGAAAAAAAUUUGGCAACAGUUUGCAAGAGAUAG